UUUCACCUGCGCCGUAGCAGAACUACGGCCGACCACGGCCUCCGCCGCGAAGUCGCCCCGCGCAUCCCUCUUGGCCCCUUCCGGCCACCAUUGCUCUCUAUAUCGCCGCGCCCGUGACCCGGAAGAGCAUUCUCCUUAGCAACUGAGGGACCGCGGCGCCGCCGGCCUCCCGGGAGCAACGCUAGUAACAACUGAGCUGCUCAAGGCAGGAGAGAACUCUGAGCUGAGCAGUGGAGGCCCCCCUGGAUCUGGAGAGAAGAGGCAACCUUGGAACCAGGAAUGAGCCAUCCUGACUACAGGCUGAACCUCCGGCCCCUGGGGACCCCCAGAGGUGUGUCCUCUGUGGUUGGCUCACAUGGUAUUGGUGCUUCGCCGAGUGACAAAAAGUCAAAGAACAAGUCCAUACGAGGGAAGAAAAAGAGCAUAUUUGAAACCUACAUGUCCAAGGAGGAUGUUUCAGAAGGCUUGAAGAGAGGAACACUCAUCCAGGGUGUAUUGAGAAUUAAUCCAAAGAAGUUCCAUGAAGCCUUCAUUCCUUCCCCGGAUGGUGAUCGAGACAUUUUUAUUGAUGGGGUUGUUGCUCGUAAUAGAGCCUUGAAUGGGGAUCUUGUGGUCGUGAAGCUGCUUCCAGAGGAACAGUGGAAGGUAAUUAAACCAGACAGCAAUGACAAAGAAACAGAAGGUGCCUAUGAAUCAGAUCUCCCUGAGGAGUUCUGUGGAAGCCAUCUCCCACAACAGUCUCUGAAAGGCUAUAAUGACAGUCCUGAUGUCAUCAUAGAGGCUCAGUUUGAUGACAGCGACUCAGAAGAUGGACAUGGCAACACACAAAAUAUUGUGGUUGAUGGUGUUAAGAAACUCUCAGUUGGUGUUCAUGAAAAAGGAAAAGAGGAUGCUGGUGCACCAGUUACAAAAGAUGAGACCACCUCCAUGGCACAGGACACAAGAGCUUUACCAGAGAAGUCACUGCAAAGAUCGGCAAAGGUGGUUUACAUCGUGGAGAAAAAACAUUCUCGAGCAGCAACUGGCUUCCUCAAACUCUUGGCUGAUAAGAACAGUGAACUGUUUAGGAAAUAUGCAUUGUUUUCUCCCUCGGACCACCGAGUGCCUAGAAUUUAUGUGCCUCUCAAGGACUGUCCCCAGGACUUUGUGACGCGGCCUAAGGAUUAUGCCAACACGCUGUUCAUCUGCCGCAUCAUGGACUGGAAGGAGGACAGCAAUUUUGCCCUGGGGCAGCUGGCUAAGAGUCUUGGGCAGGCUGGUGAAAUCGAGCCUGAAACAGAAGGAAUCCUAACAGAAUAUGGUGUAGAUUUCUCUGAUUUCUCUUCAGAAGUUCUAGAAUGUCUUCCUCAACACCUGCCCUGGACAAUUCCACCCGAGGAAUUCAACAAGAGAAGAGAUUUGAGAAAAGACUGUAUCUUCACCAUUGAUCCAUCAACUGCCCGUGACCUUGAUGAUGCCCUCUCCUGCAAGCCGCUCGCUGAUGGCAACUUCGAAGUGGGAGUUCAUAUUGCCGAUGUGAGUUACUUUGUUCCUGAGGGAUCCGAUUUGGAUAAAGUGGCUGCUGAGAGAGCUACAAGUGUCUACUUGGUUCAGAAGGUUGUCCCCAUGCUUCCCAGGCUGCUGUGUGAGGAGUUGUGCAGCCUCAAUCCCAUGACUGACAAGCUGACCUUCUCCGUGAUCUGGACGCUAACUCCGAAGGGCAAGAUCCUUGAUGAAUGGUUUGGCCGGACCAUCAUCUGCUCCUGCACCAAACUGAGCUACGAGCAUGCACAGAGCAUGAUUGAAAGCCCAACUAAGAAAAUCCCCAAGAAGGAGCUGCCCCCCAUCUCCCCGGAGCACACCAGUGAGGAGGUACACCGAGCUGUCUUGAAUCUCCACGGAAUUGCAAAGGAGCUACGCAAACAGCGGUUUGUGGAUGGUGCCCUGCGUUUGGAUCAGCUAAAGCUUGCUUUCACUCUGGACCACGAGACUGGAUUGCCUCAAGGAUGUCACAUCUAUGAGUACAGAGACAGCAACAAGCUCGUGGAGGAGUUCAUGCUCUUGGCCAACAUGGCAGUGGCCCACAAGAUCCACCGUGCCUUCCCUGAGCGGGCCCUGCUACGCCGGCACCCCCCACCCCAGACCAAAAUGCUCAAUGACCUGGUGGAAUUCUGCGACCAGAUGGGACUGCCCAUGGACUUCAGCUCCGCUGGGGCCCUCAAUAAAAGUCUGACCGAAACAUUUGGAGAUGACAAGUACUCACUGGCCCGGAAGGAGGUGCUCACCAACAUGUGCUCCCGGCCCAUGCAGAUGGCACUGUACUUCUGCUCGGGGACACUGCGGGACCAAGCGCAGUUCCGGCACUACGCCCUCAACGUACCACUCUACACGCACUUCACCUCUCCCAUCCGCCGCUUCGCUGAUGUCCUGGUGCACCGCCUCCUGGCUGCCGUGCUCGGCUACAGGGAGGCACCCGAUGUGGAACCCGAUGCCCUGCAGAAGCAGGCCGACCACUGCAAUGACCGCCGCAUGGCAUCCAAGCGGGUGCAGGAGCUCAGCACCAACCUCUUCUUUGCUGUCCUGGUCAAGGAGAGUGGCCCCCUGGAGUCGGAAGCCAUGGUGCUGGGCGUCCUGAACCAAGCCUUCGACGUGCUGGUGCUGCGCUAUGGGGUGCAGAAGCGUAUCUACUGUAAUGCACUGCCCCUGCGGUCCCAGCACUUCCAGAGGGUGGGCAAGAAGCCGGAACUCACACUUGUCUGGGAGCCUGAGGACAUGGAGCAGGAGCCAGUGCGGCAGGUCGUCACCAUCUUCAGCCUGGUGGAGGUGGUGCUGCGGGCGGAGGACACGGCCCUCAAGUACAGCGCCAUCCUGAAGCGGCCGGGCACCGAGGGCCUCCUGGGCCUGCAGGACAAGGAGGAGGGUGACCACGACCCACAGGAGGACUGAGACCGCCAGCGCAGCCGCACCCCACCCACCUACCCACCAGCCCCACCCACUGGCUUUUAGGAAUAAGACCUUUUGACACCAAAGGGGAUUUUUAAUUUGGUUUUUAACAACUCAGGGUUUUGUUUUCAUUUUUUUCCUUUUAUUUUAUUUUGGCUGCUCAGUUUUUAACAAACUGGAGGGGAGAGGGUGGGGCUGGACGGAAGGCCGAGGCCUGGCCAGUGCUCCUGGGAGGCCAGCCCCACUGCUGCCAGGCCACCACUGCCUUCCCCUGCCCAGGAAACCGAGGGUUUUCAGCAAAUCAGUGUCACGGAAUAAAAUCGAGUG